CCCUCCCCCACGCCCGCGGCGGCGGCGGCGGCGGCGGCGGCGGCGGCGGCGGCUGGAGCCCGGAUGCGGCGCCGGGAGGCCGGCGGGGCGGCGGCGCCGGGCCUGAGCCGAGGGAAGAGCCCCGGGAAAUUGAGUUCCUUCCAGAGCCGCGCGGGGCCCACAGCUGCCCCGCCGGGGGUCCGGGCGCCGCAGCCCUGAGUGUCCGGCAUGGCGGGCCGGAAGCGGAGGGCCAGCCAGGCGUGGCCGGAGGAGCGCGGCGCGCAGGAGCACGGGCUCUACAGCCUGCACCGCAUGUUCGACAUCGUGGGCACGCACCUCACGCACCGCGACGUGCGCGUCCUGUCCUUCCUCUUCGUGGACGUCAUCGACGACCACGAGCGGGGCCUCAUCCGCAACGGGCGGGACUUCCUGCUGGCGCUGGAGCGCCAGGGCCGCUGCGACGAGAGCAACUUCCGGCAGGUGCUGCAGCUGCUGCGCAUCAUCACGCGCCACGACCUGCUGCCCUACGUCACCCUCAAGCGGCGGCGGGCAGUGUGUCCCGACCUCGUGGACAAGUACCUGGAGGAAACGUCCAUCCGCUAUGUGACCCCCCGAGCCCUCAGUGAGCCGGAGCCGAGGCCUCCCCAGCCCUCAAAAACAGUGCCUGCCCACUACCCCGUGGUGUGCUGCUCGGCCUCCGGCCCGCAGAUGUGCCCCAAGCGCCCGGCCCGCGGCGGCAGGGCGGCCCUGGGGAGCCCCCGCAAGCGCCGCAAGUCGCUGACGCCGGACCCCAAGGAGAAGCAGACGUGCGACAUCCGGCUGCGGGUGCGCGCCGAGUACUGCCAGCACGAGGCGGCCCUGCAGGGCAACGUCUUCUCGGACAAGCAGGAGCCCCUGGAGCGCCAGUUCGAGCGCUUCAACCAGGCCAACACCAUCCUCAAGUCCCGCGACCUGGGCUCCAUCAUCUGCGACAUCAAGUUCUCCGAGCUCACCUACCUCGACGCCUUCUGGCGCGACUACAUCAACGGCUCCCUGCUGGAGGCCCUCAAGGGCGUCUUCAUCACGGACUCGCUCAAGCAGGCCGUGGGCCACGAGGCCAUCAAGCUGCUGGUGAACGUGGACGAGGAGGACUAUGAGCUGGGCCGGCAGAACCUGCUGAGGAACUUGGUGCUUCAGGCCUUGCCGUGACCCGCCGGGGGCCCUGCCUGCCCCGGCCCGGCCUGGCCUGGCCCGGCCACCCGCCCGCCGUGGCCCCCGCGGACCCUCCCUCCAGGCCAGUCACACCCCUGCCUUUUUAUUUUCAAGGAGAGACGUCGGAAGCCCCGCGCCCGGGCACCCCGGUCCCGGCCGCCGCCACCCACCGCCGAGCCACCAGCCACGCGUGGGGCCGGCGAGGCGGGCCGGCCCGGCGUGGUGGACAGUUGCAGGGGCGGCCCGGGGCUCUCGGAUCGCUUCUGCAAAACCAAAGGGCUGUGAGUACGUUCAGAGCCUGGCGGGAGGCAGGCGGGCUCGGAAGCGAGUUUUGGAAACUGGCCGUCCACUCCCCCCCUUCCCCAGUCACACUUUCUACAAAACACACCGUGGCCCUCUCAGCUGUCUCCUGCCCACGGCAAGCACUGGUGGUGGUGGUGCGGGGGUGGUGGGGGGUCUCUGCCAAACCGGCCCCCCAGCCGAGCACAGGCUCCGGUGGAGGGCCAGGCCAGGGCACCUGCCCGCGGCCCGUCCACCCCUGCUUCCCGUGCGGAGUGUGGAGGGAAGGGGCUUCUGUCCACUCUUCCCUCCCUCCUGCCGGCCGGCGCCCGAGCCUGGGAAUGCACUGCGGGUCGCACUUUGAGUGGGGCGCACGGGGGGAUGGUGGGCCGCGUGAACCAGGAGGCCAGGAGGAGCCGAGCCCAGUCCAGCCGGGUACCAUCCCGCUCCCCGACCCCCCCUGCAAUGAGCUGUCCAGACACAGACUUUGUGACGAGUGUAUUUUCAAUACGGCGCUGCUGGCGCUCCAGUUUCCAUGAAAUAAAACAGUGACUGU